AUGCUUCCCAUAGGAAAUGGCAAGGCGCAGGAGCUCGUGCCGCCGCAGGGCAGUCCGCUGGCGUCCAGCCCUUCUCCAAGCACCGACGAUGACUUCCGUCAUGCGCCGUCGGUCGGACGACAGCCCAGCGAGGCUGGUUUGCGAAGCAUGGCGAACCGGUUCCGGACGAAGACCCUGCUUAUGCAAAGCCCGCAUGAUGCGGCACAGAAUGAGGCGGAAAGGAUUCUCCGCCGGCUUUGUCCCGACAUGUCGCAGGCUAGCCUUCGACACCUGCGACAGGAGAGGAUACAACAAGAACGCGACCUGGCAGCCCUUGACAAGGAAGACUUGCAGCAGCUCGGUUUGUCGAUGGUGCAGCGUGCGCGUGUGCUAAGCUGGUCCCGUGGCAAGAACUCGGGGGGAUCGCAAUGGCAACGAGAUGCCGAAGAGGAGGAUGCGCAGAAGCAGUCGCCAAAGUUCGAGUUCGAGCGUGAGCAGUCAGCAUCCGAAGCGGAGGCCAGUUUUCGCCUCGAUUCCGUGGAGUCGGAUGGCGACUUCUGGUGCGACUUGUGGAACACCUGGAGCUUGCAGGAGGCUAGUGGCGAGUGCCCAUGCAUCUUCGAUGCCACGCAGCUUGUCGGGCCUAGUCUUCACAACCGCCACGACGACGUCCGGGAGGAUCUUUUGGAAUCGCUUUUUGAUUUGAGUCCCGAGCGUAUCUUUGAAGUCUUCCAGGCGCACUCUUCUAGAUAUCACUUCCUAAAGACGGGCAGACAGCUCUCGAGUGCCUUGGCGGCUUAUGGGCUUCCAGAACCAGGCAAGCCGAUCCGGCAAAAGAUAAUAUCGGCAGUUUGCCAGAACGCGGACUUGGGUCUUCAACUGCAAGAGUUUGAGGCGAUCGUAUCUCGAACGGUCUUGGCUCGCUUGGUGACGGGCCUGGAGCAACACUGUCAGGCCAUUAAGUGCCUGAAGGUGACUGACUACAGCACACGCAGUAUCGAGCCUGACAUACCAAAGUCACUGCCGGAGGAUCAAUGCAGGCGUUUCUUCUUCGGCCACAGAUCAUCACAGGUCGCCCAUGGGCAGUCUUCGGUGCGAUGGGUGCACGUCACGGGGCUGGAACUGUCAGUGGUGUUGGCUUUGGCUGUGAAGUACAGCUUGCACCCCCUCGCAGUUGAGGAUACCAUUCAGCAGAACCCUUGCAAGAUUGAUCGGUAUGGCGACCACUACUUUGGCACCAUCGAGCGCAUAUCCUUGACCCAUCAACGAAAGGAGCAUGGACCAGUGGAGGUCCUGGGACAUCACGUGUCUUUUUUCUGCUCUGGCGCUCCUAAUAUGGACACGGUCAUCACCGUUUGUCAGGAAGAUCAGUCUUUCGAGAAGGAGUGGCCUCAUGCGGGCAGCACCUUAGUGUCUACGACGCUACAAAGGCCCGAGCUGAAGCUUAUGAAGAUCGAGAAGCGGCUGCGACAGCCCAUGUCGCGGCUGCGAGAGCGCCGGGCGAACUUCUUCGUGCAUGCAGUGCUGGAUAUCUGCGCUGACGAAAUCAGUGACGUAGUGCGUGCUUUUGGCAACCGGCUGCAAGUCCUCGAACAGGAUGCCAGCCAAUCGAACAGGGUCGAUUCGGCGGGCGAGGAGGCGGCAACCAUCCGCACGCAGCUGGCUCUUGUAGAUCGCCGUGCCAAAAGCCUCCAGAGAGUCGUCCGGCGGCUCCUCUCCGACGAAGAUUUCUCCGAAGGGAUGUUCAGCUACCUCAGCGAUGUGGUGGACCACUUGGAAGAGGCACGAGAUGACUCGGGCCGCCUGGCCGAAAAGUGCAUGGGCAUCCAGCAAAUGCACGAUCGCUUGGCCGAGCAAGAGCAAGACCAGCUGCUGAGGGAUCAGGAGCUGCUGCGAGCCCAGCAAGCAGAUCGCCUGAACAACAUCCUCUUCGUUCUCACUUUGGUCACCACCAUCUUUUGUCCGGCUCAAUUUCUGUGCGGCGUUUAUGGCAUGAACUUUGUGGAUGAUGCUGGCCGCCCUGCAAUCCCCGAGCUGCUCUGGAAGAAUGGCUACCUCUACUUUUGGCUGCUCAUCGUGGGCUACCUGAUCGUGGCUUUCGUCUCCGCGGCACAUCUGUAUCGCUUCUUCAAGUCCGUCGAUGCGAAAGCCAUCGAUGCCGACUCUGUCAGUGCUGAGCAACAGCGAAGCCAUCACACCGUGGGACUCAGGAGGCGGAGGCAAUACCACUCCCUCAGCUCCAUGAGUCUCUUGGAUGGUCCUGACCCGGAAGUUCCAGAAGGUGCUCCACAUCCGCUUUGA